CCUAUGUAGCCCAGAGGCCGGUGGGUAGUGGGAGGCUGUUACGGUAGGUUGGGCUAGGUAUAUCGAAGCCGGACUCCCGCGGUGUUGCCAUUUUACCUUCAGCACGGCUAGUAAGUACAUACUAGAGUCGGCUGUGCCACUACCAUAGAUGUGUCUUUAGCGUAAAAAGAGGUGCAUGUUGGGAAUUCCCAUAUUUUGUACAAAAUUGAACUUUCUACUUCAAAUGCCCGCCAAUCACACAAAAAUUAACUUAUCGAAGAUCCCCCACGUAUUUCUCUAGCUAAACUCGCGUAGAUUAAGAGGAAAUUUUUUGUUUUUGUCUCUUUCCCUGUAACUUCCUUAUAUUUUGUUCCUUACUGGGAUCCAGCGGUACCUUAAAUUCGAGUUAAGUGUAUACGGCAGUGAUGAUGCGCUCCAGUGCGCAUGACCAAAAUUCCCACGAUGUCCAUCACUGGAUCAGCAUAGGUGCUAACGAAGUAGGCUGUGUUAUGUGUGUAAUAAUUAUGUUGUUUCCUAGAUAAAUGUUUAACUCUCUAAUUAAGAAUCUCUUUAAAUUGUUACAUCAGAUUUUUGUUAAAAGUGAUCAUUUAUAAAUAAUCGUGAAAUUUUGUGCAGUAAUCAACAAUUUCAAGUUUUGUAUCCAUGCAUUGUUUGUCAUUCAAGCAUUCUUCGCGUGUAGGUUAUGUAUGAGAUCAAGUCCAGCCAAGAUAUGUUUCAAGAAUACAACCCGGAAAAUUUGCCCUGCAAUGAGACAUUAUGGUUGAGAAUGGAUGCUUCGUGCUGCAUAACAUACAAUCCUGAUUCAAAUAUAGUAUUAACACGCUAUAUUAGCAAAGAAGACUUUCAAUUAGCGCAGAAAGAAACGAUACAAAACCUAUCUCUAUCGGACAAUCAACUGCAUUAUUUACCUGCCAAUCUCACAGAAUCUAUCGCAAAUUUAACUUGUCUUAAUUUAUCUAACAAUCGUCUAUACGAUUUGCCAGAUUCUUUAAAUCUAUUAAAAAAAUUAACGUACCUAAAUCUUGAUUAUAACAAAUUUCUCUGCAUUCCGAAUGUCGUCGGGCAAUUAACUAGUUUAAAAACACUAAAAGCUCACCAAAACCGCAUAACAUGUUGUAAAAACAAUUUAGAAACCUUGUCGAACUUGGAGAGUUUGGAUCUGAGUUCUAAUCAACUGAACGAUUUACCAAGUUCUUACGCAGGCUUAAUUCGUUUAAGAAGUCUUCGCCUUGCGAAGAAUGGAUUUAAAAAUAUUCCAGACUGCGUUACGAAUGGAAUGCCCAGUUUGCAGAUCUUUGAUUUCUCGCAGAACUGUAAUUCGAAGAUAGAUGUUCCUCCGAAAAGCACAGAUUUAAUCGCAUUUUACGCCGAAAGGAACAACAUUUGCCCGUUAUUCCCAACGUGGGUGCUAAGUCCCAAAUUGGUUCAUCUUGAGACAGUGUCGUUGAACGAAACGAUAUUUCGAAAGUACGAUCUGCCGGAAGAGUCGUUCGUGUCGCGCGUUAAAAAGUUGUCUAUGAAGCAAUGCAAGCUGUUGGAGACGACCGUGGAUAAAAUAAUUGCCGGAACGCCGUGUCUCGAAGAACUGUUAAUUGGAAACAGAAGAAAUAUUCACAAAAAUAUCUUCUGGUAUAUGCCGAUCGAGACGUUGAAAAAACCGUCCAAUCUGAAAGUGCUCGACGCGAGCGGAACAGAAAUUCCGUCGAUACCAAAAAUUAUCAAAAGUUUUGUUAAUUUGUCGGUAAUUAAUGUAAGUUGUAAUAACGUUAAUUGGUUGCCGGAUGAAAUCUGUUGUUUAAAGAACUUGAGCAGUUUGAUCAUAGAUUGGAACAGUUUAGUGGUUCUUCCCAAGAACAUCGGGGAACUGUCGUCGUUGAAAGAGUUGAAGGCGUGCCAUAAUAGUUUGAACGUAAUGCCCGAUACUGUCGGAGCAUUGACAAACUUGCAAUAUAUCGAUCUCUACGACAAUGAGUUUGAAACGGUGCCGGAAGCGGUGACCAGGCUGCCAAACUUGAUAGGAAUGGAUCUUGAGCAAAAUUAUUUUUCGACGGAUGAUUUAUUGCUCAAUAGGGAUGUACGUUAUGAAAAUAUGAGAGACGUUUUGAGGGAACAUUGGGACGAAGACUGUAAAUUCGUCGAUGGAAUGAAAGUACAAUCGGCAAAAGCUUUUCAUUCCUCCGAGGGCGAAGCGAAUUCUCCAUCCUUGUCGAGAUCUACCACGAACAGCUCGCUGGAAAAAGCGAAUUUAUUUUCUUAUCCAGAAAAUGCGGACGAUACGACAAAUGAACAUUGGGACAGCUCGGAAGAUUCAGCCGAUGAAUUUGAUCCUCAUGAAAUUAAAGAACCGAGGAGGCGUGUUUAUUCGCCAUUCACGUUUUACAAGCCAUCCCAGCGUGUCUUUUGUCCUGGAGAAUCUCACAAUAAACGGAUUAUAACGCGAGUUAAUAAAAUGUUGCGAAAUGGAACUCUAGGCUCGUCGACGAAUUUCGAAGAAGUUUCAACGGUGUCAAGUCGUACGCGGCUUUCACGAGUCGCAGACAUUCCAGAGGAUUCAAUUUCUGCGACAGAUGAACGAGCUCGGUCUCUUCGAGGUCGAUACAUCGAACGAGAGGCUCUUCCUUGAAAUGAAAACGUCCGUUUCGCGCGAGAGGAGAAAUCAUUCGAUUAUUUUCACACUAAAACGGGAAAUAGAUGUUGCCCGGCUCACCCUGUUCCCUGCGAAAACGACCAUCAAAACGUAAAUCCGUGCAAACGGUGUCAUUGUAACCGACCAGUCGCAUUUCGCUGUCAAAAGUGUAACUGCAACUGACUAUCGAUUACAGCUACCAUAUUUACAAAUCUGUUGCAUCGAGGAAUGAAAUUUCCGAAAGAUUCAUUAACGUCUGAACGUAUGCUCGGGUCGCAAGUUUUCGAAAUAAUACAACCGAUCAACUAUGAAGUUAGAGAUGAUCAAGUGUGUAUUCUAGUACGUUGUAUUCUCUUUCUGACGUUAAUUCAAACAAACAGUAUCGCCGAACACGUACGUUGCGCCGUUAAACGAGACUUUUUAUUCGAGGUUAUCAUUCGUUUAUUUAUUUUAACACUUAAACUUGUACGAAACAUGGGGGUUAAAACGCGUCAGCUUUUUAAGUAUUAUCGUGUUGAAAAAUGAAGGUUAUUAAAAUUUCACAUUGCAUUUAGCCGUAGAUGGUCAGAGAAACGUAUUUCUUUGAAAGAAUCUGUGGAGAAUGCGAUGAAAUAGCGCGUCAAACGUAUUGGAGCCCCUGAUGAAAUUUGGAAACAUUUGGAAAAAUGCAGCGUUUCUAUUUUUCCUUUCCUGUGUCGCUUCCUUCUCCCAGGUACACUUUCCGAUUCGACGUUUUAACUAUUUAAAGCGAUUAAUCAUUGUACCUGUUUCGCAAAGAUUAUUGCUGCGGAGGUCGAUGUGCCGGAACUCGAACUGUUAGCAUCGAAUUUGAAACCGGAAGAGUGCGUAAGACUCGUCUCCUUGGAUUCCCAGUGUAAGUUUACCAUAAGUGUGAAAAGUAUUGUAACAGACGAGGUAUACGAGUAGAGCUUUCAUCCAAUGUAUUCUUUCGGACCAUUUUUCUGGGGCUCUAGAGCCUUAUUACCAUUUUCGUGUCACUCGCAACGUUACCAACAGAUUUCGAAAUAAACACAAGCGGAAGUGAGACAGAAAAUGAAAUUACACAAA